AUGGUGGUCCGCCUCGACGAUUCGCAGCCUGUGUAUUCUCUACCCUCUUUAGAGAUCCCAGAUGAAGAGGAGGAUGCCCCUGCUCCUGGAUUGUCGCUGGUGAGACAACUCGGGAGCGCGUCGAGGACGAAAUAUAACCAACAGCAACUUAAGCGCGUCGUCGGCGCCCUGCAGCUUCCUGAAAUCAUCUUCGGUGCUGCAGCGCUUUCCAGUAUCUACAACGAAGACAGUCACUUGUCUGGAUUCACGCCAGUGCGCACCGUAAGACUGGCACUGCGAUAUGGUAUCAAUGCCUUCGAUACAUCUGCAUACUAUCAGCAAUCCGAAAUCGUAUUGGGUACUGCAUUGAAGGCGCUCGAAACCGACUUCCCGCGCUCUUCAUAUAAAUUGAUGACGAAGUGCGGCCGUUACGGCAGCACGAGAGCCGACUUUGACUACUCCCCCACCACGAUCCGCGCGAGCGUGCAGCGCAGCCUCAAGCGGCUGAAUACCACCUACCUCGACGCGGUGUAUCUGCACGAUGUCGAGUUCAUCGCGACCCAAGUUGGCGCGCGCGUCGCUGGCGAUCCGACACUGGCGUUGAACGAAAAGAAGGCGGAGUACGGCCUGGUCGAGGGAGAGGAAGGCAAGGUGUGGGGUGAAGGUGACCAGAAGAUACUAGAUGCGCUCGCUGAGCUGCGCAAGAUGCAAGACGAGGGGAUCGUCAAAGCAGUCGGGAUAACAGGCUAUCCACUUCCAACACUUCUCCGUCUUGCUUUGCUUGCCCUGCACACGCCGCCUUACAAGCCGCUCGAUGUCCUGCUCUCAUAUUCACACUUGAUGCUGCAGAACACCGCAUUCGCCGAGUUUGCGCCGCAUUUCCGCGACCGUGCGAAGAUCUCCCAGCUGCUCACCGCGUCCCCGCUCAACAUGGGCUUGCUCACGCCCAAGCCCCCAGCCUGGCACCCUGCCUCCCAGGAGCUCCGCGAUGCGGCCAAGCAGGCGAGUUCGACUUGCGCGCAGUGGGACGGCGGACUGCCGAACGUCGCUGUGGGAUUCAGCUUCCGCAAGGCGAACGAGCUCAGUGUGCCGACCGUCGUCGGUCUCAGUAACCCGCGCGAAGUGCACGAGAAUGUCCGAGUAUGGCGCGAAAUAUGCGAGGGAAAAGAAGAGAAGGAGCUGGAGCGUCUCGCCCAGGAACAAGAAGUAUUGAAGGUCUUCGACAAUUUGAAGGGAUGGUCCUGGGCGUCUCCGCCUUCCAAACUCUUGUGA